AUGCAUCCCAUCUACAUCAUCCUGCCCCUGCCCCUCACAUCCCAUCUACAUCAUCCCUGCCCCUGCCCCUCACAUCCCAUCUACAUCAUCCCUGCCCCUGCCCCUCACAUCCCAUCUACAUCAUCCCUGCCCCCUCACAAUCCCAUCACAUCAUCCCUGCCCCUGCCCCUCACAUCCCAUCUACAUCAUCCCUGCCCCUGCCCCUCACAUCCCAUCUACAUCAUCCCUGCCCCUGCCCCUCACAUCCCAUCUACAUCAUCCCUGCCCCUGCCCUCACAUCCAUCUACAUCAUCCCUGCCCCUGCCCCUCACAUCCAUCUACAUCAUCCCCUGCCCUGCCCCUCACAUCCCAUCUACAUCAUCCCUGCCCCUCAUCCCAUCUACAUCAUCCCUGCCCCCUCACAUCCCAUCUACAUCAUCCCUGCCCCUGCCCAUCUACAUCAUGCCCCUCACAUCAUACAUCAUCCCUGCCCCUGUCCCUGCCCCUCUCACAUCCCAUCUACAUCCCUGCCCCUCACAUCCCAUCUACAUCAUCCCUGCCCCUCACAUCCCAUCUACAUCACCCUGCCCCUCACAUCCCAUCUACAUCAUCCCUGCCCCUGCCCUCACAUCCCAUCUACACUCCCUGCCCCUGCCCUCACAUCCCAUCUACAUCAUCCCUGCCCCUCACAUCCCAUCUACAUCAUCCCUGCCCCCUAUCCCAUCUACAUCAUCCUGCCCCUGCCCCUCACCCCAUCUACAUCAUCCCUGCCCUGCCCUCACAUCACACCAUCUACAUCAUCCCUGCCCUGCCCCUCACAUCCCAUCUACAUCAUCCCUGCCCCUGCCCCCACAUCCCAUCUACACAUCCCUGCCCCACAUCCCAUCUACAUCAUCCCUGCCCCUCACAUCCCAUCUACAUCAUCCCUGCCCCUGA